AUGAUGGCGUGUUCGAUUCUAGCGUUUCGACCUGUCAGAAGAAUCAUUAACGACGUGAUUAGUCCCCUGAAGUCUACCGAGAAAGGCCAGUGUUGGAAUGUGUUGGUCGUGGAUAAAUUGGCCAUGAGAAUGAUAAGCGCUUGCUGCAAGAUGCAUGAAAUCAUGGAUCAGGGCAUUACAAUCGUUGAAGAUCUCAAUAAAAGAAGAGAGCCUAUACCAUCUCUCGAUGCUAUUUACAUGAUAGCACCGACCAGAGACUCUAUCAGCCGUCUCAUGAAUGAUUUCCAGAGUCCCACGAAGACUAUGUAUAAAGCCGCUCAUGUGUUUUUUACAGAAGCUUGCCCGAAUGAACUGUUUAACGAAUUAUGCAAGAGUUUGGCAUCUAAGAAGAUCAUUACCCUGAAAGAAAUCAAUAUUGCCUUUACUCCUUAUGAAGGCCAGGUAUUUUCACUGGAUAGUCCAGAAACAUUCCAGCUUUUCUAUAAUCCUCAGAAACAAGGUGGUCUGACGGCGAAUAUGGAGCGGAUCGCGGAGCAGAUCGCUACUGUUUGUGCUACUCUCGGCGAAUACCCUAGUGUGCGUUAUCGCAGUUAUUUCGAGCGCAACGUAGAGCUGGCACACCUUGUGCAGCAGAAACUGGACGCUUACAAGGCGGACGAACCAACCAUGGGAGAGGGUUCAGAGAAAGCCAGAUCUCAGCUGCUGAUCCUGGACCGAGGUUUCGAUGCGAUAUCACCUUUACUGCAUGAACUUACUUUCCAGGCAAUGGCCUAUGAUUUGUUUGAUAUCGAGAAUGACGUCUUCAGGUACUGUUUUGUUAAUUUAUUGCUGCGUCUGUGUCUUUUAGGCUCCGCAACUUACACUUUAUGGAUCUCGGGUCUACUGGAUUGAUC